UGGAAGUAAACUGGUGACAAUGCGGCUUUAACUAAACAGGAAAUUUAAAAAGAUGGACAAUAAACCGCUCCUGUGUAGCAGUGCCGCUGUUUACUUUUCCCACCACCGGCGUGGGAAAUAUGUUAUCAUAGCUUGUUGACGUAAUCAUUCACAGUGUGUGCUUUCCCAAAGAUAAGAUAGAUCAUUUUACUGUAGAAUUACUGUAGAGUUCGAAGGAUAGAUAGAGGCAACGGCGAGAGAGAAAAUGUCCGAUGACGAAGCAUAUGAACGAUUGAAUCAAUCAUUGGGUAACCUUUUAGCAAGUCACCCCAGUCCCGUUAGGGCGGCGGGGCCAAUGUUCAAUCCAUCCUCGAGGUCCCCUACUCCACGUGUUUCGAGGGCCAGGAGAAGAGGAAAUCAACCUUCUCGCACAUUUGUUUGGCUGGAGGACGAAGACAGAGAUCGGCCACCGUCGGUUCCGGCAGUCACCGCUAAGGUUAAGUUUCCAUCAGAUGCCUCUUGGUCUACAGUACUGGACCUAAUUCGUCGCGAGUUGCCAUGGGUUAGGGACACACAGAGCAUCACAUUCUACAAAGCUGCAAUGACAGGGAAUCAUCGCCUGAUGCCAAUUGGUUGCAAUCUUGGUGGUCAAGAGAUUUGCGACCAAUACAGAACCUCGAAAACUAAGGUUUGACA